AUGAACCGACCGCCACAGGGCCGUGGUCAGCCACGGGUGGGUGCGACUUGGUAUCCAGGGGGCCAGGAUGACUUCUACAUGCCAGAGGUCAUCUCCCCCUCCCCUCAAAGGGUCAUGCCUGAAGUCCCCGAAAACAUGCAGGAUAAUAUCGCGCAACUGGAGCACCACGCUCGCGACCCCCGCCGUGUCCAGCAACCACAGCAACAACAAUACCAGCAGCAACCACCACCACCGGGCCAGUAUCGCACCCAGUUUCCCGAGCGCACCUCCUCUGCUGUUCAGGGCCAACUGCAACAGCAACCCCAGGUCCAUGACCAUGGCGCUUAUGCGCAGUCGGCAACCUAUGACAGCAUGGAUCACCCCAACUUCUCGCCUUUUCCCGUCUUGCGGAAUCCGCCCCCAAACGUCCCACCUACGGAUGAGCAACGGGAGGCUAACCUAGAGCGCGCCCGCAUGGCAGUCUUGUCAACCACAGACCCGGAAAUGCAAUUGGCAUGGGCCCAAGAUGCACUCGCGUACGUUGAAGUCGCUGCGCAAAAUGAGGCCCGUCUGUCAUUGACGCAACCCCCACGGCCCCACACUCCCCAAGGAGAACGCCAAUUGAAGACCGACGCCCUGAAUAUCGUCACUUUCCUGGCGGAACAGCAUCAUCCCAAGGCCGAGUUCAUUAAAGGCAUGUGGCUUGAGUUCGGCAAGUUUGGCUUCCGAGUAGAUCGCAAAGGCGCCUUUCGAUGCUAUUCCAGAGCGGCGGAGAAGGGGUAUGCGCGCGCAGAAUACCGGAUUGGAAUGCAGUUUGAGAGCUCGGGGGAGCCUGAGAAGGCCAUCAAACAUUACGAGCGGGGUGUCGCCAUGGCCGACUCCGCUUCCUACUACCGCUUGGGAAUGAUGAUCCUUCUCGGCCAACACGGCCAACGCCAAGAUUUCCAAAGAGGCCUGGAGUACAUCCGGCUUGCAGCGCAGUCAUGCGACCAAAACGCCCCGCAGGGAGCCUAUGUAUAUGGAAUGCUUCUAGCUCGGGAACUUCCGCAAGUGAGCGUGCCUGAAGCCUUCCUUCCUUUGGACCUAAACACGUCCCGCGUCAAUAUCGAAAAGGCCGCGUACCAUGGAUUUGCUAAGGCUCAAGUGAAGAUGGGCGCCUCGUAUGAGUUGUGUCAGCUUGGAUGUGACUUCAACCCGGCCCUGUCCCUGCACUACAAUGCUUUGGCAGCGCGCCAAGGUGAGCCCGAAGCAGAGAUGGCCAUCAGCAAAUGGUUUCUUUGCGGACAUGAAGGCGUAUUCGAAAAGAACGAUGAACUAGCAUUUACCUAUGCGCAGCAGGCCGCUCAGAGCGGUCUCCCUACCGCGGAAUUUGCCUUGGGUUACUUUUAUGAGGUCGGGAUUUUUGUCCCUGUGGAUAUUAAAGAAGCUCGAAGCUGGUACGCCAAGGCUGCCGCCAGCGGCAACAAAGAUGCAUCUGGCCGGAUCGACAGUAUCUCUCGCUCCAAGACCCUUUCCAGGAGAGACCACGAGAAGGUUGCUAUCUCUCGAAUUAAAUCAACCCGACAUGCCCACCAGCGUGGUAACUCUUUGGACCCAACCCCGGAAAAUAUUGAGAUGCCCGAUCCCUCCCGGAUGACUCUAUCCGAUUCCCCCUCAGCUGCAGCUCCCUACCCCGAUCGUUCAACUCCUCGACCUCGGCCGGGCCAGCCCAGUUAUCAAAUGCCUGAUCCUCGACCUAGCUCCGCGUUUGGGGUCAACCCCAACCUGCGUACCAAUGGACCUCCGGGUUAUGGUGGCCCCCCAGGCCCUCGGAAUCCAGCUUAUGGACCCGGCCCUGGCCCUGGCCCUGGUCCGAUGGGUUAUCGCCAGCCUGGUCCCGGCACACCAGUCAGCGCACCGGCGGGUCCAGUAAGCCCUCAGGCGGCCAACAUGAUUAGUCCUGGUGGAACACCUCGAAUAGACGUCGGUUAUUCCGCCCCAGUCCCGCCGCAGGGUGACCGCCGACGCCCUCCACCUACACGACUCGACGGAAUGCCUCCUCCUGACAGGAAGCCAGUGCGAACUCCAGUCAGUGGUCACCCGGGGUCAUUGCCAUCCCCUCGCGCCCCAGCAUCUCCUCGGACAACAGGCUCACCCUCCUCCGGUACAUUCCCUCCGCGUAUGGAAUCCCGACAGCCGUCCCGGGGCUCGGCAUCUUCUACUCCGCAGCCGCCAUCUAGCGCCUCGCCUGCACAGAAGCCCGCUGCACAGCCAUCUAAACCUAGCGCCCCACCUAGCAAGGGCCCCAAGACUUUUGAAGAAAUGGGAGUCCCAAGUGCUAAGAAUGACAGUGAUUGUCUGGUGAUGUGA